AAACACUCACCUGAUCAGUCAAGGGAAAGCUUGAUGUCGCUCUUUCAUUCAAUUUCGACGAGUAACCAUAUCGUGCGCGAGCCCGGGCGCCAGCAGCGAAGUGAUCUGUUGCAUUCCGGACGCGAUCUGACAUUCGCCGGAGCGGGAUGUGGACGGCUGGUCCCGCACACGACGCUUGUGGCAGCAGCAGGACGAGGGCGGCGACGGCGACAGAAUAAAACAUCGUGGUUGAGAGCGAAAGCGUCGGAAGAGGAUCUGAAGGCCUCCUUUAGGCGCAGUAACGGAUGACAACACACGGUGAGAGCAGAGAAGCCAGAUUGAUUGGAUGCCGGCCGCUGUUGGUCAACUUGGCAUGCCGGAAUGGUCAAUGUUCUCCGGAUAUAGACACAUUGUUGAACUUGAUCUACUUGUUAGAUGCUACGACCUUGGCUUGAGCCGCAUUUCGACUGUUCAAGCGUCAGACUCUGCCCGAUGUACUACUGAUGGAAUCAUACAUAACAUUGAUUCGAAAAUCCCCGCAAAUCGAAGAUUGCCGAUCUUGAACGUGAAUCAAGAUCAAUGUCUGGUCUCCAUAGCUGAAGUUGGUUGCAUCGAGGGCUGGGAGUGUAAGCGCCCAGUCCACCGCUCAUGAAUAUCCAUCCAGUUCAGAGGCCAAAAUCAAGCUGUAAUUGUGAUGGCAUCAGCCGAAAAGGACAUCUGUGUGAUCUCGACUCUCACACUAGAAAGCAGCACGAUACCGUCCUUUGAUUUCCGCACAGCAACUUCCACACCCUUAAACCCGAGUGCAUGUCGACGCACCGAAACAUCUCAAACAAACAUAGCCUUCCCAGCAACGCUGUUAAUUUUGACAUCACUCGUUCGGAUGGAGACUCGUCUCUGUGGCCGACCAACAAUGUUCCAAUACCCGACGAGCAGGGGCAUGUCAACUUCAUGAGGCCCGUCGCGAUAGAUGAAUCUGCAGCCAUCAAAUGGAGAACAACCAUCGGAGACGCGGUGUCCAAUCAGUGCGGAAUGAAGGAUCCUCAGGGCAGGCCCUUCGUGCUGAGAGAUUGGCCGAGUGGAUACCGGAUGUUUGAUCACCAGAAGGGAAUACAAUCUGCUCCUCGACACGAUUUGUACCUCAUCGGCUCCAAGUUGUGCCCCAAAUUCCGGUCCAUCCCCGAAUUCAUACCGCAUGGGAUCUGGUUGAUGGGGGAUGGGAGCGACAAUUGCAAAUGCAAGUAUUGUAGCAAACGACCUCAGACUGAAGUAUCGCGCGCUUUCCGUACCAGUUCUCCUUCUCCCUCCCAGAACGCAUCACCUUCUGCACCCCGUCGUCCGAAGACGGAAAAGUCGAAAUCGGCUCGUGGUCUGAAUGAGCGAACACGGCAAAUACCCAAGACAUAUGCCGCAGUCCAAAAGACGCCAGCGUCUGCAAAGUCGGCCGCAAGCGCUCCAUCAGAGAUCAUGAACGUCGAACGCAAUAACGAUCUUCGCUUUGCUUGCCGAGCUCCGUUCCCUGGUGCCUUGCCUCGCUGGUUCCGCGAUGGUGAACUUGUUUGGUUCGAAUUCGAUGAACCUUUCCGAGCGUCGACUGGCGAGCAGAUCCAGUUCUGGCCUGCGAUCAUAGAUGAAACAAUGUUAUCGACCAGAGCGCAGAGACAGGAACCGACGGGCACUGACGAAGAACCGACGUGGACCAAUCACCAACAUGUUUUGCAUAGAAUUCGUCUGUUGGCAGCAGCGCGAACGUGGAAGACGGUCUUGAGUACUCGACUACUGCCGUAUCAGGCCCAUGUGGUGCCUACUGCGGUUCUGGAGCAAAUGGUUUCGAGACCUGCGAAGGAAUGGAAUCUUGACCCGGAUCACAUCGAGCGAUUUAGCGUUUUGCCCGAACCUCCUGCUCAACCGCCAACUUUCGCUGAAGCAUUGACUCCAUUUGCUGCAGCGCUGCAGAUUGCCUCUUCACUAUGCGAACUUUGGUGUUUGAACGAUGCCUGGGAGGCCUCGAUGACCGUCAUACCUACUGCAACCGCGCCUCCGCCGCCGACAUCAGCACCUGCGCAACACUCAUCGCUGACGUCGGCCAUCGAGAUAGCAGGCAUGAGCAAUGCGUCGGCGUCAGCCGGCCCGUCUCGGCUUCCACCGGCCCAGCCUCUUCCCUCGAAAGUCAUCACGCAGUCGAGAUUCCAGGGCCUGUGGUGGGGCGGGGAGAAGAUCUGGUGCGACGAUGUAGUCCGGCUAAAGCUGCCCCGAAGCUGCGUAGCACCAGCGGGCGCCCAUCACGUGUUUGCACCCGCCGGCCCUGGGCCCAAGUCGCUGGCGAAGGUCCAGGCGAAUCAGGGCAGCGUCGAUGACUACAGCGCUUCGUCCCGAGCCGUGUUCCUGAAGAUCAGCGCCAUUUCGAUCGUGGAGGGCAGCGGCCCGAAGAAAGAGUGUCGGGUGACAGGCAUGAUGUACGAGCUGGCUGACGAUGACUGGGAGGAUCCGAAUCUGCCACGCAACCUGCCUUUCGCAGCCCCCCCUGCAUCUCCUCCUGUUGCCGCUGGCAAGGGCACGUAUCCGCUUCCCCUCGCUCCAACAGGCUUCCGGUUCCGCGAGAUCCUCUCGCCAGGAUUCGAGGCAGUCUUGUCAUUGAGUCUAAUCGCUGGACGCUACUACCCCGGCCUACUCAACCAUCCGCUGCUGAAGGAAAAUCUCCAAAAUGUGGUUCCGGGCAGUCCUGAAUCAAUGGGAACCGUCGAACAUCUCCUCUCGCUCGAGGGCCUGUACGGCGGAUACAAGAAUUCUGUCGACCCCACGAACUACAAGCCCUCACGGGAAAAGAUGGUCUUGUUCGCCACGAAAGAGGCUAUCGAGGUGUUGCAGAAGCACGUGCAGGAAAAGGAACUGGAGGAGAUGUCCGUGGAUGAAGAUGUCAUGCAAAUUGAUAACUACUUGAUGGAGACUGAUCAUAUUAGCACGUGACCGCGUCGUGUUUGAAGUGUACCUCUGUUCGUGGCCCCUCCUUUUACGACUACCCUGCAUUCAUUCUCUAGCUUAAAUGCAAAUUUUUAAGCCCCACGCUUUCUUAGUUCUUUCCUUACGGCCCUUCGCCAUAAGAUAGGUCGCAAACCUUUCAGUGCAAGGAUAGUAAGCUUUCCCCUCGGUUGCGAUCAGGUUCGGACUGAUCCGAACACGCCACGAAUUUAAAAGUGGUUCGACCUGGGUCCCUGAACAUCGAAGUCAGCUUGUAAGCCGUCACCACUCAUGGGCGCAACUCCCCAAUCUAAAAAGCCGUCUGGCGCGGCCAAGGAGAAGGCGGACGUCAUUGUCGUCAGCGACGCAGGGAAAGCGAUCGACCGACGCCUCGACCAGCACAUCGGCUAUGAGUUCGGUGGACCGUGGGGCGUCACUGCUAUCAUGACUGGAUUCCCCCUCCUCAUGUACUAUCUCUGGAUCUGUCUGUGGUUCUACGAUGGACAGCUGACCCACCCAUCGUCCUUGGAUGACGUGAAACCGUUCUUGGGGAGGAUGUGGGAUCAUUUCUACCAGGACGCAUUCCCGACCGCAUGGGCAUGGAAAGUCUACAGCACGAACAUCUUCUUCCAGCUCUUUCUUGCGUGGGUCAUGCCCGGAGUCCAACAGAAGGGCCUGCCCGUUCCCUCGCUCGGCUAUGAGUCGCUCAUGUACAACUGCAACGCGCUGUUCUCCAUGUACGCGACGAUGAUCACCGCAGCGGUCCUGCACUACUUCCACAUCUUCCGCCUCAACGAGAUCAUCGACAACUUCGGCCCCCUCAUGUCGGUUGCGAUGUGCUGGGGCUUCGCAGUCUCGUUCGGGAUGUACUUCUUCACGAUUGCGACGGGGCAGCAGAUCCGCAUGUCGGGGAGCUUCAUCUACGACGUGUUCAUGGGCGCUAUGCUCAACCCUCGCCUCGGCCCCAUCGACCUGAAGAUGUGGGCGGAAGUACGCAUUCCGUGGAAUAUCGUAUUCUUCAUGUCCGUCUCGGGUGCAUGCAAGCAGUAUGAGCAGUACGGAACCGUCACUCCCAACAUGGCGUUCAUGGUCCUCGCGACGUGGCUGUAUCUGAACGCCUGCGCCAAGGGGGAGGAAUGCAUUCCUCAGACCUGGGACAUGUUUCACGAGAAAUGGGGCUUCAUGGUCAUCUUCUGGAACCUGGCUGGUGUUCCUUUCUCUUACGUCUACUCGAUUGUGUACAUGUCGCGCACGGACCCGUCCAAGUACCAAUUCUCGACGCUGCGGUAUAUCUUCAUGUUCACUGUCCUCGUUGCGGCCUACUGCGUCUGGGACUGUGCCAUGUCGCAGAAGAGUCGCUUCAAGAUGCAAACACAGGGACUCACCAACUUCCGCAAGACAUUCCCCCAGAUCCCUGGUUGCAUCGUCCAAAACCCAACGUUCAUUCAGACCAAGCAUGGCAACCGCCUCCUCACUAGCGGCUGCUGGGCCUGGUCACGCAAACCGAACUACGUCGCGGACUGGAUCAUGAGCUUCUGCUGGGGCGCUAUCAUCGGCACCGCCACGCCCAUUCCCUACUUUUACUCGGUGUUCUUCAUUACAGUUCUCAUCCAUCGCACCACCCGCGACUUCGAAAGAUGUGCACUCAAGUACGGCAAGGACUGGGACCGUUACUGCGAGGUUGUCCGAUGGAAGUUCAUUCCCUACGUUUAUUGAACAUCGAAAACUAAUCACGUCGACGGCAUCUUGAGACAUGCUGUCUUCAAUCCAUCUAUACCCCCGUUUAGUGUACUCUGGACUAAAAGUAGACAGCACACUGACCUCCAGAGAACCUGGCAACUUGAAUGAGCAGAUUCCGCUUGUUUUCAAUGGCUGUGGCCGAGCGCAACUCGUAAAGUGUCGAGAGAUUGAACAGAAACGGCUCGGCAAUGACGACACUCGAAGGCGAUGUAUUCAGCGCACUCUCCAUGACGGCAAUGCCCUCCUUGAGCUUGCCCUGCGCAAGCAAUGUCACACAGAGAUUGUUAACCGCCUGCGACGCAACAUCAAUACAAACCAGUAUCGUCAGAUCGCGCAGGAUAAACGCACCACGUAGUCCUCGCCCUGCUCAUCAACCGCUGCCUGCAGCAGCUGGCUAGCAUGUUCCCAAUCGCCUUCCGCAGCCGAAUACAGCGCAUCGUUCAUGCGGGUCAUCGACGACGGGGACACUUGAUCAGACUCGGCAGCAAGCUUGAAGUGCCGAUCCGCAAGGCCGAGGUGGCCCGCCUGGAGAUAGAUUCGCCCCACGGCAGAAUGCAUAGCCGGAGAUGUGAUCCCAUCUGGCUGAGUGCACAGCGGCUCUAGCAGGCGCGCAGCGGCCAAAAAGUCCUUCAUCUCGACCAGCUGCGACGCGAUGAUCAAGCACACGCGCGCGCCCCGCUCCUUCCACAUGGCUACUUCUGUCCCCUGGCGCAUCUUGGCUUUCCUCGCUCGGGCUUUGCAUGUCUUGACCAACGCCCACAGUGCAUCAAGGUGUCCCAUGUGGUCACCCGCCCAAUAGCGCAGCCGCGCAUAGAGGACCUCCAGUUCAAACGGCAGGAUCCGCUCGAACAGCCAUGUGCGCGAGGCCGCGGGCUCGAUGCUGUUGAGCAGAUUGAAUAGGUUGGUGCAUUCGGCCGUCGUCUGAUUGAACAGCCGCAGUCGCGCUAGAGACGAUAGUCGGAGGUACCACAACUGUGAACCAAUCAAUCAAUGGCGCAAGUAGGGCGCGAUGUGGCCUAAACGGUACUCACUCCGAGUAUCAAAGUCAGAUCUUCUGGAUCCGAGGUAACGAUUCGGUCCCGCGCCAUGCGAGCCAGUGCACGCCAGCUGUUGCUCAUCUACAUGUGCAUCCUCAGCUCGACCCAGCGCUGUCGUCCAUCAAGCACUCACGACAAGCUUAUGGAAAUCGGUGCGCUGCCACUCUCCGGAGAGAUCUCGCACGGGUCGUUUGUCAGGCGGAUGGAUGUAUUUGUUGAGUAGCGUAGUCAAAGGAUCGGUCUACGUGUGGUGUACAAAGGCAACGAUGAUGAUGAUAAAAUAGGCCUCCCGGUCAACCACCAAACAAGCAUAUGGGAAGAAAGGGAAAGCGCGCGUACGUUGGGAAUAGGCAGGAACAUCGUAGGGAUGCACAGCCCGGGCAGAUAGAUCUCCGGCGCAUCCUCCUCGUCGCUGUCUGACUCUGGCGGUGGCGGUGGCGGCAUGGCUUUAUUUAGGUUCGGAGAGGCGAGCGGCACAGGGGCCGACGGCGGAAGCACUGACGCUUCCUGCGUCAACGCGAUCGCUAUCGUCGCCUGAGACUCGGUCGGUGUCAACGCGACCCGUCCGCCCUCGUCGCCUUCAUCCCCAGAUUCAUCCUCAUCAUCAUCAUCAAUGAGGAACGGAUCGGGGACUUCGGGCUCGACGAAAGCAGUGGGCGGGCUGGCCAGCGAAGACGAGCCCGACUCCUCCCCAUAGAGGCCCGCAGAGGGCUCUCCAUGCGCUUCGAGAGACAUGUCUUCCACAGAAGAGUCGUCUGAAGUCACCAGCGAAGGGGGGGACGACGAAGUGGAGGCACGCGAGUCGUAAGAGUCGUAAGAUCUGGCGCUGCCAGGAGUGAAGACGAGGGGUGGUUCGUACUCGUCGAGGACUUGAAGGGGGUGAAGAUGGACGACCGGAGCAACAGGGUUCACGGCACGUGUUUCGGCAUGCGACUCGGAAGACGAACUGGAUGUCCGCCGCAAGCGAGCGUGGCUCACUUUGCGCACGGCCCCUUUGAUUGCCUUGCCCAGAGUCUUGAGCGGCUUGGGGGAGGGGAACAGCUGGGCUGGGAUGGAUCCAUAGGAUCCUGAUUUGCGGCGGAUGAUCACAGGGAAGGGGUGGUGGGCUGAGUCGGAC